AUGACGUCGUCGGGAGUAUCCCCGUCCCGACUCCUGUGGGUCUUCCUUGUCGUCUCCAGUGUGGCCGUCACGACCGGCAAGGCCCAAUGGAGUCCUUGCAUUGCGACGCCAUGUAGGUGCGAUCCUGUCGAGUUAAAGGUGGACUGCAGUUCCUUAGGUCUCAAGUUUAUUCCGAAGAUACCAAAAAACACCAGGAUUCUUGACGUCAGUAACAAUAUGAUACGAACUGUAAAAAGAGCUGAGUUGUAUGGCCUUCGUUCACUUGUAACCCUGGACCUGCGUCAGAACAAACUUACUUCCCUCGACGACAACGUCCUGCGUGACCUUACAUCGCUUGUCCGCUUAAACCUGGACGGGAAUGCACUGGAGGCGAUCCCAGGACCUGGCUUUGCCUGGUUAACGCACCUCCAGGAGUUGACCCUAGACUCCAACAGACUGUCCCAGCUGCGUCGUCUGGAUAGUCUGGAUAUCAGAGGUUUGGAGCUGGAGUGCGACUGUCGCCUUCGGGGAUUCUUCCACUGGAUCAAGACCACCGGCGUGAUGGUAUCGUUGGACGACGUGAUUUGUGUGUCGCCACCAUUUCUCUACCAGAGGAAGCUGGAAUGGGUGCCGCAGGAGGCUCUAUUGUGCAGUAACCAGGGUUCCCUGCUGACAGCCUACACGAUGCUCCCUAUGUACGAGGACAUCACUUGUCCGGAGCUCUGCCAAUGUGAUGCGGGAAAGGUCACAUGCAGCGGUCAGGAACUCCCUGUUGUACCACAUAGUCUACCAAUUGACAUCAUCCAGCUCGAUUUGUCAAACAACAUCAUAACCAACUUGGGGAAUCACGCUCUUUCACAAAUGAGGUACCUUCAGGUCCUAAAUCUCCACAGUAACCGGUUCCCAAAAGUAUCCAACAUGGACAUGAAGAACCUGGGACGUUUGCAGUCGCUCGACCUGUCUGAGAAUCAAAUCAGUGACGUAGAGGAGCAGGCCUUCAUGGGCUGUCCGGACUUGUUGCACUUGUACCUGUCCGGAAAUAACAUGUCGUCAGUUCCUGCGAAUGCUCUAGCCCCGCUCUGGAAACUGCGAACCUUAGACAUGAGUUUCAACAACAUCCAGGCACUUUUCCGAGAGGACUUCGCCGACAGUUUCAGUAGUUUUAAGUCCCUUACCUACUUUACAACCAAGAUUGAGUAUUUUAAACAACUGCAGUCUACUUUCUAUCCCUUUCUGAAGGUGCUGACGUUGGAUGACAACUGUAUGGACACCAUGGACCAGGACGCAUUUUUGUACACGCCUCACCUGCAGACCCUGCGCAUGGGCAGGACGUGCUUGAGGGACAUCCCGACCUUUGCACUGUCAACCUUGCGUCAUCUCAGGCGGCUGGACCUGUCCGGUAACCUGGUCACCACCCUCCGCCAGGGGGCGUUCAGGCACGCUGUCAAACUGCAGGAAAUCAAUCUUGACAGUAACAACAUCCUCUCAGUGGAUGCAGAGGCAUUCCAGGACCUGCCGGACCUGGAGGCCCUAUUCCUGAGUAACAACUACCUCCGAGCUGUGCCCAGAGAAGCCCUGACAGCCCUCCCUUCGCUGUCCACCCUCGUCCUGAGCGGGAACAAGCUGACCGUCCUGGACACACGCGACUUCUCGGGCUUUUCCCGCCCUCUGAAUCUAGCGCUCAGCCACAACAAGAUCGAGACUCUGGACACUGAAGUUUUGACAAAUAUCGGAAAUCUGAG